UGAAGCUUUUUAAUUCCAGCCCUGUCAGUUGUCACUUCUAGUGGAGUUAGUUGAUGAUGAUGGAUACUGUCUUAUCCCUCUCUUCCACCACACCCAACUUCACCAUUAGUAACAACAAAUCCCUUCAAACCCCUCCUCAAAAAACUCCUAAAUUUACCAAGAAACCCCUCACACAUCUACUUAAUUCCACCACACCACCACCUAGCCUCAAUAGCAAGCUAUGGUUAUCCAGCAAACUAUCCCCACCCCCACCACCGCUAUUAUCAAACAAUGGGACACAUGUGGAAAAUUUAGACAUUUUAGAUGAUGAGGAAAUGCAAAAAAGAAUUGAAAAUGGUGAAAAAGGUAAAAUCUUUAUAGGGAAUUUGCAGGAAAAAGUUGAAUAUAAGGAAAAAGGUAAAAUCUUUGUAGGGAAUUUGCCAGUAUGGAUUAAAGAAAAGGAGGUUGUUGAGUUCUUUAGACAAGUUGGGCCUAUAAAGAAUGUGAUUUUAAUAAAGAAUAUGGGGUUUGGGUUUGUGAUAUUUGAAGGUCCAAUUGCUGACAAGUCAGCUAACAAGGCAUUGGAGUUUGAUGGUAUUGAAUUUCAUGGAAGAGUUUUGAAUGUGAAGUUGGAUGAUGGGAGGAGAUUGAAAGAAAAAACAGAUGAGGAGAAGUAUAAGUACACGUGGCACGAGGCGAGGGAGGGGUCCGGGAGGGAGUUCAAGAAGGUUCUAGAAGCACAGCCGGAGGAUUGGCAGGCCGUUGUUCGGGCAUUUGAACGAAUCAAGAAGCCAUCCAGGAAAGAAUUUGGCUUAAUGGUGAACUACUAUGCAAGGAGGGGUGACAUGCAUCGUGCACGUGAAACCUUUGAGAAGAUGCGUGCUCGAGGAAUAGAGCCAACCUCUCAUGUAUAUACCAACCUGAUUCAUGCUUAUGCAGUGGGUAGAGACGUGGAAAAAGCACUAUCUUGUGUGAGGAAGAUGAAAGAUGAUGGAAUUGAAUUGAGUCUUGUGACUUACAGCAUUCUUAUUGGAGGAUUUGCCAAAGUGGGCGAUAUAGAAGCUGCCGAGCAAUGGUUUAAGGAGGCCAAAGAGAGGGAUCUGACAUUAAAUGCAAUCAUAUAUGGGAACAUCAUCUAUGCUAACUGCCAAACAUUCAACAUGGAUCGAGCCGAAGAAUUGGUCAGGGAGAUGGAAGAGGAGGGUAUUGAUGCUCCAAUUGAUAUCUAUCAUACCAUGAUGGAUGGUUAUACUAUGAUAGGAAAUGAGGAAAAAUGUCUCGUCGUAUUUGAUAGACUUCAGGAGUGUAGAUUUACACCUUCAGUUGUCAGCUACGGAUGUUUGAUGAACCUCUAUAUCAAGAUUGGUAAGGUAUCCAAAGCUAUUGAGAUCAGUGAAAUGAUGAAAUUGGCUGGCAUAAAGCAUAACAUGAAGACAUAUUCCAUGUUGAUGAAUGGAUUCAUAAAUUUGAAAGAUUGGGCUAGUGCUUUUGCAAUUUUUGAGGAUGUAAUAAGAGAUGGUUUGAAGCCCGAUGUGGUGCUUUAUAAUAACAUUAUCAGAGCAUUUUGUGGCAUGGGUAACGUGAAUCGCGCCCUACGCAUUGUUGAGGAAAUGAAAAAGGAGAGGCAUAGGCCAAACUCAAGGACAUUUAUGCCAAUCAUUCAUGCUUUUGCAAAAGCUGGAGAAGUAAGAAGAGCACUUGACGUUUUUGAUAUGAUGAAGAGGAGUGGAUGCAUCCCAAGUGUUCACACUUUCAAUGCUUUAGUUCUUGGCCUUGUUGAGAAGCGUCAGAUGGAGGAGGCUGUACAAAUUUUAGACGACAUGUUGCUUGCAGGCAUUAGUGCAAAUGAGUACACAUAUACAACCAUUAUGCAUGGUUAUGCAUCUGUUGGUGAUAUUGGAAAAGCUUGUGAAUAUUUUUCAAAAGUUAAAAAUGAGGGUUUGGAGCUUGACAUAUAUACAUAUGAGGCAUUACUCAAGGCAUGCUGUAAAUCAGGCAGGAUGCAAAGUGCUUUGGCGGUGAUAAAAGAAAUGAGUGCCAAAAGCAUCCCCAGGAAUACCUUUGUUUAUAACAUAUUAAUUGACGGAUGGGCUCGACGAGGUGAUGUCUGGGAGGCUUCUGACCUGAUGCAACAGAUGAGACAAGAAGGAGUUCUACCUGACAUCCAUACAUAUACGUCGUUCAUAAAUGCUUGUUGUAAAGCUGGAGACAUGCAAAGAGCAAUGCAAACAAUCGAAGAGAUGGAAACUGUUGGGAUCAAACCUAAUAUAAAAACAUAUACCACUCUUAUACAUGGUUGGGCACGGGCUUCUCUUCCAGAGAAGGGUUUGAAAUGCUUUGAACAGAUGAAGCAAUCUGGUCUGAAACCAGACAAAGCUGUAUAUCACUGUUUAAUGACAUCAUUGUUGUCAAGGGCAUCAGUUUCCGAAGAUCACAUUAUAAUGGGAAUCCAAAACGUUUGUGAAGAAAUGGUGGAGUCUGGAUUAACUGUUGAUAUGGAAACUGCAAUUCAUUGGUCCAAGUGUUUGAGAAAAAUUGAGAGAACCGGUGGUGAUAUAACCGAAUCCCUUCAAAAGACCUUCCCGCCUGAUUGGAGUUCUCACCGAACUCUUAAUGCAGCUUCGAUUGACAAUUGUGACGAUGAACAUAGUUCUUACUACGAGAUCGAGAGAUGCUAAUGAUUGUCCAAAUUUCUAUAGGAGGUGUGUGUCUCCAAGAGUUCUUAGGUGUAUAUGAAAUUUUGACGCUAGUUUGACUUGAUCAAGAUUGUGCAGUUUAUUCUAUAUUCAUGAAUUGUAAUUGUCUCUUUUUAGGUUGAGACUUGAAGCAGCUAAAGUGAUCUUUUCUUGGAUGUACAAAUAUGUUUUAAAUUUGUAGCUUGUAAUCAAAUGCAUAUUUUUUCAAUUUUCA